GAUCUUUUUCUUACAGGGAGGAGACACUGAUGUGCAAUUUGGCCCCAUGAGAUUUCAUCCAGAUCAACUCCAGGUACUUUUGGUGUUUACCAAAGACGACAACCAGUGUAAAGGGUUCCGUAAGGCGUGCGAAAAGGCAGGGUUCAAGUACACGGUUACCAGGGAGGCGAAGGCUGUGCUUGCCUGUUUCCUGGCUACACUUCAUGACAUCAUCAUCAUAGACUACAGGUCCCCCCGACAGUUGGAUGCGGAGUUGCUAUGCAGGUCUAUUCGAUCAUACAAAGCCUCAGAAAACACAGUUAUCGUUGGUGUGGUACGCAAGCGGGAUGGAGACGAGAACUCCAUUUUACCUCUCAUCGCUGCUGGCUUUACGAGGAGGUAUGUGGAAAACCCAAGCCUCCUGGCCUGUUACACAGAGCUACUCCAGCUGGAGUUUGGAGAGGUGCGAUCACAGCUGAAACUCAGGGCCUGCAACUCAGUAUUCACCGCGUUAGAGAAAAGCCAAGAUGCCAUUGAAAUUACAAGUGAGGAUCACCUGAUUCAGUAUGCCAAUCCUGCAUUCGAAACAAUAAUGGGCUACGAGUCAGGUGAAUUAAUAGGAAAGGAGUUAGAAAAGAUGCCUAUAAAUGAAAAAAAGGCUGAUUUGCUCGAUACCAUAAAUUCAUGCAUCAAGAAGGGCAAGGAGUGGAAAGGCGUUUACUAUGCCAAGAACGGAGACAACGUACAGCAAAAUGUGAACAUAAUCCCUGUCGUCGGGCAGGGAGGAAAAAUUAGACACUAUGUGUCCAUUAUCAGAGUGUCCAAUGGCAACAAUAAGGCUGAGAAAACAACCGAACGUGUUCGGUCUGACACUCACGCAGAUCAUCAGUCAGGUAAACAUAAAGACAAGAGAAAAAGCUCACUAGACGUCAGGAGUGUUGCCUCUCGAGCAAGUGAAGUGGCCAGCCAGAGACGACACUCCUCCAUGGCCCGGAUCCAUUCUUUGACUGUCGAGACGCCCAUCACCAAGGUAAUCAAUAUCAUCAAUGCUGCCCAGGAAAACAGCUCCGUGACUGUCACAGAAGCCUUAGACCGCGUGCUGGAAAUUCUAAGGUCCACCGAGUUGUACUCACCACAGUUCGGUGCUAAAGAUGAUGAUCCUCACGCCAAUGACCUCGUUGGGGGCCUGAUAUCUGAUGGUUUUCGAAGACAAUCUGGGAAUGAGUAUGUUCUGUCAACAAAAGCCCUUCAGCAAAUUCCAAGCGGUUUAAUCCUGCCCAUGUCCCUGCAAGAUGUCCCGCCGCCGAUUGCGCAGGCCAUGGAGAACGAGCAGUUCUGGGACUUUGAUAUUUUUAAACUGGAGGCUGCCACUCAGAAAAGGCCUUUAACUUUCCUCGGUCUCAAAAUCUUUACUCGCUUUGGAAUCUGUGAAUUCUUAAACUGCUCUGAGACAACGCUGAGGUCGUGGCUGCAAAUUAUCGAGGCCAAUUACCGCUCUUCUAACCCCUACCACAAUUCCACACACGCUGCAGACGUGCUCCACGCCACCGCCUAUUUCCUGUGCAGAAACAGGAUAAAGCAAACUUUAGAUUCUGUUGAUGAGGCUGCUGCCCUCAUUGCAGCCGCCAUCCAUGACCUGGACCACCCUGGGAGAACCAACCCCUUCCUGUGCAACUCUGGGAGUGAGCUGGCCAUUCUGUACAAUGACAUCGCCGUGCUGGAGAGUCACCACGCGGCCCUGGCCUUCCAGCUGAGCACGAGAGACGAUAAAUGUAACAUCUUCAAAAACAUGGAGAGGAAUGACUACCGGACGCUGCGCCAGAUCAUCAUCGACAUGGUCUUGGCCACGGAGAUGACGAAGCACUUCGAGCACUUCAACAAGUUUGUCAACAGCAUCAAUAAGCCCUUGGCAGAACUGGAAGAAAAUGAGGAAGCUGAGAAAGACCAAGAAGCCAUAAACGCUCUGCUCAGGACUCCAGAGAACCGGACCCUGAUCAAACGAAUGAUGAUCAAAUGCGCGGACGUGUCCAACCCCUGCCGGGCCCUGGAGCAGUGCAUCGAGUGGGCUGCGCGCAUCUCGGAAGAGUACUUUUCUCAGACCGAUGAAGAAAAGCAGCAGGACUUACCUGUGGUGAUGCCGGCUUUUGACAGGAAAACCUGCAGCAUCCCCAAGUCCCAGAUCUCCUUCAUUGACUACUUCAUCACAGCCAUGUUCGACGCCUGGGACGCCUUUGUAGACCUACCAGAGUUACUGCAGAACCUGGACAACAAUUUUAAAUACUGGAAAGGACUCGAUGAAAUGAAGCUGCGGGGCCUCCGACCACCUCUGGAGCCAGAAUAGAGAAGGGCUCCUUCUAUAUAGAAACUGGACCUCUGAAACCGCUCCACUCACCUGAUGUACUUUUCCAGUGACUCUGCAAAUUAAAUUAGGACUGAACACUUUUUUCAUAAAAUUUUAUUAAUGACUUUUCCAAGAGUUUGCCUUAUUGUGUAGAGUGUUUAUACCAAAUAUUCUCAUAGAAACAAACAGCAAACAGGGAAUAUUUACUAAAUUGACUUUUUAAAGCCAAUCUGUUUUCACCUUCAAUGGUAAUUUUUAAUUCCAGAUAUUUGUAAAGGUUCUGUAUCUUCACACUUUCAAUAAAUGUAGUACCAUAAAAAAUGACACAUGAUGACAUAUCAAAGUACUUGUUAUUUCGUUUUAAAUUUACACUGCUUUUUUUCCAAGAUAAAAAUGAAAUUAAACUAUUUGUUUUUAA